AUGACAAAGACUCACAGGAGCAAGGUAGCGAGCGAUUGCGUCCAGAUGCGAUCAAUGCAAGGAAAUAAAACCCCCCGCGGUGCCGCUCCUCUUUCCACAAACAGUGCCGGGAUCUGCCCACGCCCCCUUCUUAACAACUUUUUUUUUCCUUCCCAAAAAACCAUUUCCACUUUCUACAUUUCCCCCCUUCCGCGCAGGAUUUUGGUUUUCGAAUUAUCUUACUGGCUAGGAGAAGCGGUCAUCCAGCCGCGUCUUGAUCACCUUCUCUUACGUAUCAUCCACCUUCCCCCUCGGCCUUGUUUCUUGGACGAACCGCCACGACGAAAUCAGCUGGGUACCUUCCAACUUACUGGACUGAUGCAACUGACUUUGUUUUUAUCUUUACUCAUAUUCUUGAUGAUGCCGUGUGUUGUCUUAACGCACGACAAUAUUCCACAUUCCCCCCUCUCGUCCCCCACGUAUAGCUCCAACCGGUAUUCUCAUUCCCAGAACAAAAGGAUCCUGAAUUUCAAUUCGAAAAGUGAUCUCUCGGAGAGAAUCGGCUUUCACGUGUUUAACAUUCAGCAGAGGUCACCCCGAGGCGCAUUUGCCAUGCAUAUUCGAACUUUGACGAACUUCGUUGUCUAUUUGUAA